AUGGUUGUCUUUACUUUUCGGGUUGAGUCAACACAUCGGCUUUUCACUAGCACCCCUCGCAAGCUAGCAGGCUAAAGGCAGCUCGUCUCGGAACAAACCCUCCCAGCGGGUUCUCUUCCUGGUGUUCCAGGUCCUUCCUGGUCCCUUCCGACUUUAUGCUCCGUUUCGGCCGAGCGGUUUGAGUGUGUCGGCGCUGCGCCCGGCGCUGGUGAGGGGAAAAAUGUCAUCUUUUUCACAGAGGAUUUCUCCUGCCCUGGUGUUGCUUCUCUUCUCAUCCGCCGUCGCAGCGCAAGAAGACGAGUCCUCCCUGCUAGACGGGUGGCGCGAGGUGUGGCUGUUCCGCUUCCUGGUGAACGUCUUGGGGUACUCGACCAUCAUCAUCCCCGGCUACCUCCUCAUCCGCCACCUCAAGCGCACCAACUACUCCGACACCGGUAGCGGCUGCUGCUAUCCCAUCAUCAAGUCGUGCGUUUUUGGAAGCGAAGCCAAGACGGGCCUGUUGGACGACGUGCCCGUCGGGUCCAGGCACGAGGGGGAUUCGGGCUCUUCGCUCCGACAGGCCGUUCAGUUGAUAUUUUGCGCGGCUGGGCUACAGGCGUCAUACCUGACAUGGGGGGUCCUGCAGGAGAGGGUCAUGACCCGUUCGUACGGCGCCGCAACUCCAGAGGAGGAAGGCGAGCGAUUCAAGGACUCUCAGUUUUUGGUCUUCAUGAACCGGAUUUUGGCCCUGACCGUCUCGGGCCUGUGGUGCCUCCUGUUCAAGCAGCCACGUCACGGUACACCCAUGUACAAGUACUCCUUCGCCUCCCUCUCCAACAUCAUGAGUAGCUGGUGCCAGUACGAGGCGCUCAAGUAUAUCAGCUUCCCCACUCAGGUCCUGGCCAAGGCCUCCAAGGUGAUUCCUGUCAUGCUCAUGGGCAAGCUCAUUUCCCAGAAGAGCUACGAGUACUGGGAGUACCUGACGGCCGCGCUUAUCUCCGUGGGCGUCAGCAUGUUCCUGCUUUCCAGCACUUCGGGCAAGCACUCGUCCACGGUCACCACCUUCAGCGGCGUCGUCAUCCUGGGGGGCUACAUCAUCUUCGACAGCUUCACCUCCAACUGGCAGGACAACCUGUUCAAGUACAAGAUGUCGUCGGUGCAAAUGAUGUUCGGGGUCAACCUGUUCUCCUGCCUCUUCACCGUGGGCUCGCUGCUGGAGCAGGGCGCCUUCUUCGACUCGGUGGCGUUCAUGGCGCGCCACUCGGAGUUCGCCUUUCACGCCGUGCUGCUGUCCGUGUGCUCGGCGUGCGGCCAGCUCUUCAUUUUUUACACCAUCAACCAGUUCGGCGCCGCCGUCUUCACCAUCAUCAUGACCCUGCGCCAGGCCAUCGCCAUUCUCCUUUCCUGUUUCCUUUACGGACACGCCAUCACGGUGGUUGGCAGCUUCGGCGUCGUCGUGGUUUUCAUCGCCCUCUUUUUGCGGGUGUACGCCCGCAGUCGGAUGAAGUCGGGCCGGCGGCAGGCGCAGCCGCCGUUGCAGAAGGUGUAGGAUUCGCACGAAAUUGAGAACUUAGACCACGUUUUCUGUGGUCCUUUUUUCAAGUGGCUCACAUGUAUUGUUUUGUGUCCGUUAAGCGGAUGGAAGGGAUUUAUUUUUCAUUUUGUGCCUCCAAGGGAUCCAUUUGAUAUGAAAGCUGUUUCACAACCUGCCUCUACAGUCACAAGAUGUCCUUCUCCCUUAACAGCUACAGUGAAGAAAAUACGUAUAUGAACACCCUGCUAUAUUGCAAGUUCUCCCACUAAGAAAUCAGAGAGGCGUCUGAAAUUUUUAACUCGAGGUGCAUGUCCACUGUGAGAGAGAUAAUCUAAAAAGAAAAAUCCAGAAAUCACGAUUUAUUUGUGUGAUACAGCUGCACAUAAGUAUUUGAACACCUGAGAAAACUAAGGUUAAUAUUCAGUACAGUAGCUUUUGUUUGCAAUUACAGAGGUCAAAUGUUUCCUGUAGUUGUUCACCAGGUUUGCACAUACUGCAGGAGGGAUUUUGCCCAACUCCUCCACGCAGAUCUUCUCGAGAUCAUGCAGGUUUCUGGGCUGUCGCUGAGAAAGACGGAGAACAUUGAUAUGCUUCUUCCUGAGCCACUCCUUGGUUUUCCUGGAUGUGUGCUUCAGGUCAUUGCCAUGUUGAAACACCCAGCCACGACCCAUCUUCAAUGUUCUGAUGGAGGGAAAUAUUUUGUUCCCCAAAAUCCCACAAUACAUGGCCGCGGUUACCCUCACCUUAAUACAGUGCAGUCGUCCUGACCCAUGUGCAGAAAAACACCCCCAAAGCAUGAUGCUACCACCCCCAAGCUUCACAGUAGGGAUGGUGUUCUUGGGAUGGAACUCAUCAUUCGUUUUCCUCCAAACAUGGUUAGUGGAAAGUUCCAUUUUGGUCUCAUCUGACCAUAAAACUUUCUCCCAUGACUCCUCAUGGUCAUUGGUAAACUUAAGACGGCCCUUGACAUGUGCUGGUUUAAGCAGGGGAAACUUCCGUGCCAUGUAUGAUUUCAAACCAUGACGUUUUAGUGUAUUCCCAACUGUCACCUAAGAAACGGUGGUCCCAGCUCUUUUCAGGUCAUUGACCAAGUCCUGUCGUGUAGUCCUGGGCUGAUUCCUCCCCUUUCUAAGGAUCAAUGAGACCCCGCGAGGUGAUAUCUUGCAUGGGGCUCCACUCCGAUUGAGACUGACCGUCAUGUUUAACUUCUUCCAUUUUCUAAUGAUUGCUCCAACGGUGGUGCUUUUUUCACCAAGUUGCUCGGCAAUUUCUCCGUCGCCCUUUCCAACUGUGUGGAGUUGUACAAUUUUGUCUCUGGUAUCUUUGGACACCUCUUUGGUCUUGGCCAUGUUACAAGUUUGAGUCUUACUGAUUGUAUGGGGGGGCAGGUGUCAUCUGAUUCAGCAUAAUACAUGGAGUGGAGGUGGACUUUGAAAGAUGGACUAACAGGUCUUUGAGGGUCAGAAUUCUGGUUGAUAGACAGGUAUUCAAAUACUUUUUUGCAGCUCUAUCACACAAAUAAAUCAUUAAAAAUAUCAUACACUGUGAUUUCUGGGUUUUUCUUUUGAAAUUAUCUCACAGUGGACAUGCACCUACAAGGAAAAUUUCAGACCCCUCCAUGAUUUCUAAGUGGGAGAACUUGCAAUAUAUCAGGGUGUUCAAAUACUUAUUUUCUUCGUUGUAUAGUUACUCGAAAAUCUCGAUUGCCAAUUCACCGACAGAAGGACAAGAAAAUGGUGACUUUGUUGUUUUGUGGCAGAAUCCAAAACAGCCACUGGGACCGUUCUCAAGAAGAACUCAAGGCCAGAGGUAGAUGGCUAGGCAAACUUCCACAGGAACAGGCAAACUUGAUAUGGCAGAACUCAUGGUCGGGUAUUGGGGGAGCAGAGUGGACUCGGGGGGGGCUUAGCGUCUUGUAUGGAUGGCUGUCAAACACUGUUCAUGAUCGCGUCAUCAACAAAGCCCUCAAUAAGGGGUUGGAGCGACUGUGGCGGAAAGAUAGUGAUUGGCUGACGGAUUAGCUCACCCAUGACCAUCAUGAGGAUAAGCAGCAUAGAAAAUGGAUGGGUGAGUGAGUGUCCAGCUGUUCCAUCUCCAGGUACUUCUUUGCACAGCCUUCUGUUCUCCAACAAGGAACUGAAAUGCAUUUUAAGAAUUUUUGCGACUUUCGGUAUGUGUGUUACAAAGAUGACCCCGAGCCCGGUGACGCCGGACCUUUAAGAACUUCCAAUUUGAAGCCUUCAAAUGGCAAAGCGAUAUUGAUCAAUUGUUAGGUGACCUUUUGAAAACAGCAAGUUGUCCAAAAAGUGCUUGAAACGUUGAACAUUUGGAUAAUAUCAAAUGAAGUUACCCUGUGAAAGUUAUAACUUCCGUUUGAGGUUCAUCCAUAAAUUCCACCCGAAAGCCAAAUAGCACUUUUGUGAGAAGUGUGAGCUUUAUGAACGGUCAAUAUCAUAAAAAUAGUCUUUCCGCCACAGUCGCCAGAUGUGCUUCCCAUAUGGAGAGAGUGUGGUCUUUUUUGUCAUAAAAUGGGAUUUUAUAUUAUAAAACUAUAUAGCUCGAUUAUACUACACGUACACUUAUGGAUACUUUAUUGAAGUUAUAAAUUGAACAACCUAGUGCAUUUUUUUUUUUUUUGCUCUAUGUUGUUGGGUCUGAGUGUGUGUGUGUGUGUGUGUGUGUGUACUACUCACUGAUCUUAAAAAAAAAAAAAAAAAAAAAAGACAGAAUGGCCACCAAAACUGAAGUCGCCAUCCGCCAUCUUGAUACUCCCAACACAACCAUGCCGACCUGUGCAGCGUUAAUCGCCAGUUUCGUGGCUGUGAGAAAACAUUCCACGAGUAAAUUAGAAAGAUUUAUUUUGACACAGUUAAAGUUUGUUUGUAAAGGGUUUUAUUUUUAUUUUCUGAUGUGCUUAAUUCACUUGAACAAAGUUUUGUUUAUGGUUGUUGUCGUUCACUGUUCACUCUCUGCUUCACCUUUAUAGGCCGACGUUUUUUUUUUUUGCAAAAAAGAGAUGUAAAUAUUUAACCAAACUUCAUCAGUGGAUAAGCAAGAAAACACAUUUUCUCAGAAAUUUCUUAAUACAGAACUCUGCAAAUUGAGUUAGAUUUUCAAAUGUGACGAAACAAGUUUAAAUUGGUCUGCAAUGGGACGUCGCAGAGACUUUAUUUGUCUGUAUUUUCCCAUUGCGACUCCUUUUUUCCAAAAAUAUAUAACUGAUUUAAGAUUUGUUUUUAAUGACAAAAAAUGGUUAGUUUUUUGAUAUAUUAUGAUGAUAAUGCUUCACAGCGUAUUUUGGGAAAAGUUAACGCGUCACAGAAAUCGGGCCCUUGGUACUGUGCAAGGUUUCUUGGUAGUUGUUGUUGCAUUACACUGUUAUGUCUUUUCUUUGCCUUUUUUGGCUUACCAAUUCAAAUUAAAAAUUCUUCACGUUACCAGAACUGAAAAAAUGUCAAGCUAAACACGACCAGUUUUAACUGUACAUGUGAAACUUUGAGGGAAAAACCCCGCCAUAAUCCCACCUGUAAACCAUGUUCUCCACCCGUUUUAGGAGUACCAAGAUGGCAGCCAACUGGUUUCACCCAAUCGAUGUGUAUGCGCUGUCAAAUCUUAUUUUUUAAAUCAGUGGUACUACUCGGUACAAUUCUGGGCCCUUGUCGUGACCAAAAGUGUGAAGUUCUUUUUAUGCUGCAUUAUUUUAAUUUUUUUCCCCUUCUCCCUUUUUUAACAUACUCUUGACAAUACAUAAACUCCAAAUCAUUUUUAAUAUAUCUUUAAAGCUGAUUAUAGCCACCUUGACUAUUGCACUGCAUCCUCUGUUCAACCUCGAUGUUGAUUAUGAUUAUAACACAUGUGGGGUCGGGGAAACAUCAAACACAUUCAAGGGGGUAAUACAGUGUAACGUUCUGUUACUAAUGGUAAAUGGAUUAUUAAUAAAAAAAAAAUACCUAAAAUGUAAAUGGAACUUAUCUUUAAUAUGCUAGAACGGAAUCCUAAACCUGCUGUUGGGAAUUAACACACUAAAUUAUAAAUGAGUAAAAUGUAUGGAUAACAUGAUUAUUUCACAGGUGUCAAACUCAAGGCCCGGGGGCCAGAUCUGGCCCGCUGCAUGAUUUUAUCUGGCGCUCAAAGGAAAAUCAUCGGUAUCAAAAUCUGUGAUUCUAGUGAAAAUAUGUCCCAACAUUUCAAAUUGUCAUAUACGAUAAAUGAUCAUGUUGAGAUGUUAUAAGCAUUUUUGUGUUACCAAACAUGAACAAUGGUUGAAAACCCCAUCACGCUUGAUUUCUGAUUCCGUAACUAGUUACAUAAAUUUUAUGUGUGAAUAUGAUGAGGCAAUUCAGGAUUUCUAUGGUUUCACCAUCCCUCUGAGGGAAAUCGUAACCACGACGUGGCCCGCGACAAAAAUGAGUUUGACAACCCUGGGGUAGUUCAACACUUAGGAUUUAUUUAUUCAUUUAUUUUACUAUUACAUGUAUAACACACAAAUAUUUUUUUAUAAUUAAAAUCUUUAUUGAUUCA